AUGGACAGCAAUUCAGACUCUGAUUACACCGAAAGACAGACUAAACGCAGAAAACAUGAUAAGAAAACUGGCGGUCAGUUUGUCUGUGAUCUCAAGGGAUGCGGAAGAAUAUUUAACGCAAGAAUUAGUCUCAUUUCACAUAAACGUUCGCAUUUGGGACUCACCUAUCGGUGCCAUGUCUUGGGCUGUGGACGCAAAUACAAGAACAGAAAAUGUUUUAUUAACCACAAGCGGAUCCACUCGAGUCGGACCUAUCGGUGCGAUGUCGUCGACUGUCGGUCAGUGUUCGCCACUAAAGCCUAUUUAAUACUACAUAAGAGGCGAAGACAU